AUGCUGAGAAUUCUGUUUUUGGCUUGUUUUGCAUGUCUUUCCCUCGCAACUGGACACGAUUACCUUGCGAAAGUUGAGGAGUGGUUGAAGAAGAAUCCAGAACUUGCUAAAACGACAAAUAUCUCCGAGGCCCAGUUCGCCGAUUUUCUUGAGCAUACCCUGGCGGGGUGGCGGUUCCCCUGGAUUGGGCAGAAUGAUACGAAGUCCAACCAAAAAUAUUUGGAUGCUCUCGACUGGCCGCUGAUCGAAAGCCACGACCCUAUCGAGUUUGAAAGAUUGUUUGCAGGCGAUAUGCCUAAAUUCUUCAUCCCGAAAACCGCUUUAACAGAGCCAGUGCUAAAAUUCUUGAAAUUGGUUAAUGGGACGUUGCUACCGCAUAAGAAAUCCGAACUCUUCGGGAUCUCCUGUAAAUAUCAUGUUCUUGGCUUCGUGUGCGAAAUCGCCAUUUUCCCAUUACCCUGGCCGCCAUCAUUUUUGAACUUUUUGGGCUACAUCCCGGAUCCACUCCUCGAAAUCCUCUGGUAUCCCCUUGGUCUACUCGGCUCCCUGUUCUCCCACAUACCGCUCCCGCAUAUCCAUCCUAUCCUA